UACUGAAGGCAGGUAUGAAUAGAAUCACUUUUGAAUUUCAAUCUAAAAUCUCUUCUACUGUAAUUGUAUAUAGAUAAUAUACAUAUACAUAUACAUAUACAUACGAGAAAAUCUCAAGCUUUGAAUCCCUAUUUAUGCUUCUUUUCUUUUCUUUUUUUUUUUUGAGGAAAGGGUUUUCGUACAUCGUUUCAUGGAUGUCAAACCCUUGAUAUAUGCAGUUUUUAAGCUUGUUUUCUAAUCAACGAAAAUGAAAUUUGCGUACUUUGUUUCACUGGAAUUGUUUUGAAGUUGUUUGGGAUUUGGUGGAUAUUUGGUUUAUGCAUAAAUAAUUGAGAGAGGCAUAGUAUUAAUGCAUUGGCCUCUUGUGCGGAGCUUAUGUAUUAAUUGUAUCAUGUGCCGGAGAAAAGAGGCUCAGAAGCCUAUGUAUGAACAAGGCUUAAUUUUACUUCCCCACUUAUGCAUUGUAUUAUUUGGUCUACGUACUCGAACUGAUAACAUUCGAGAUUAUGCAGGAUUGAUUAUACACGAAAGAUUUUUUUUUUGGCUCUCUCUUAUCCUUAGGAAGCAUCAUGGUCGCAUAGAGUAAAUUAAGUAUAGAGUAAAUUAAGUGAAGUUUUUUGUAAAUUUUAGUUUUUCACAUUGUUAGUUUGACAAAUUUGACUUGUGUGACAAAUUUUCUUUUUAUAAAUCAUCGAACUAAGUUUCAUAAUCUUAUUGAUUAUGUUUCUUACUAUAGAUUAUAUGGGUGUAGGCAAAAAUUGUAACUUCUGAUAUUGUACCGCAUCCAAAAAGUGAACAUGUCAGCAUAUGAUAACGUGGUUGGUGGGAAGCUGAAGCUUAAGGGAAAGGCUCUGGAUGUUAAGGCUGGCGAUAUGAAGAAAAAGAAGAAACAUAAGAAGCUUCUUCAAGAUCAAAACUCUGUAAUCAAACAAGAUGAUCUUUCAACUGCUGGUGGUGGAAGUGGCAUUCUUGAGGAGGAUGAAAUCAAUGAUAGCGAUGGCCGCAACAACGACAACAAAUCAAGUGAAGAAGGAAAGAAUGGCAGUUCUUAUGAUCAGAAUAUGACAGCUGCUGAGAAAAGAUACAUAGAACAAAGAGAGAGAAUCGAUAACCAGAGAUUGGCGAAGACUGCUAACAAGUCUCACCGUGAUAGGAUUCAGGAUUUCAAUCAGUAUCUUGCUAACAUGAGUGAACAUUAUGACAUCCCUAAAGUUGGUCCAGGUUAAUCAACCCAAGCCCCAAUGAAGCAUAUCAUCUAUGUCAGGAGUCUUUGUUUAGCAACAAAACUUUUCAGGGCUUGAUUAUGUGUCUUUUUUCUUCUCUUGUAUUAUGUUCUGUUAUGGGACUCAAAAUGUUUGUUUACUGUUCUAUUAUUGUAAGAUUUGUUAGGUGACCAAGUACAAGUUUGAUACUUGUGUAACUGUACCAAAACUCUAUUCAAACUUGUAUUAUAUAAUCUGCUAGAAAACAUGUAAGAGACUUUAAUGAUAAUGACUUCAUGGAAAA